AUGCACGCCUCCGCUGCCGUCCUCGCUUUCGUCGCUGUUGCGGCUGCUGCCCAGACCCCUGUGGCCCCCGUUGCUACUCCCAUCGCUACUCCCGGUGCCCCUACCAACGGUACUAAGCCCGGUCACGGCUCUGGUUCCGGCUCCGGCUCCGGCUCCCAGACCCCCUCCGGCGCCGCUGCCCUUGGCCUCAGCGGUCUUGCUGGUGCCCUCGCCAUUGCCCUUGCUCUGUAA